UUCAGCCCGGGAAUCCAAUUUAGGGGACCGUCACUCGUCACGCACUGAACUGCAAAGAAAUUUCCGUAGAAAUUUCCGUGAAGAAAGAGUAAAUACCUAAAGUAGUAAACGUUCACAAUUACAUGAAUAAUCAAUUAAUCGAUUCCCCUUGAUCGCUCUGUUUUACUGUCCGUUUCAAAUCCGACAGCAGCCCAGCCCGGCCCAAUCAUGACUCCCAAACUCCAAACCGCGGCCUCCGUGGUGGCCACCGCGAUGCUCCUCCGUUCCCUCGCCCGCGACUACGUCCCGGCGGAGCUCCACCACUACCUCCGCUGCAAACUGUCGAAACUCCUCUCCUCAUUCUCCUCCGAACUGACUCUGGUCAUCGAUGAGUUUCACGGGCUGACGCCAAAUCCCCUCUUCAGCGCCGCGCAGCUCUACCUCAAACCCCACGCCGCCCCCGAUACAAAACGCUUCCGCGCCACCCUGCCCCCGAAAUCGCGCCACGUUUCCCUCCUCGUGGAGCGCAACGGAGAAACCACCGACACCUUCAACUCCGUCCAGUUCCGGUGGAAACUGGUCUCCGAACGCGUCCCCGCGAGGUUCAUCCAUCAGGACUCCUUCCACUCCUUUUCGAAAUCCGAGGUUCGGUUCUUCGAGCUGAGAUUCCACAAGAAGCAUAGGGACAUGGUCCUCUCGGAGUACCUCCCGCGCGUGAUGGAGGAAGCCGAGGUGGCGCGUGAGCGGAGGAAGACGCUGAAGCUCUUCACGCCGGCGGACAUGAGGAUGGUGGGAAGGAGAGGGUGCGAGAUGUGGCAGGGCGUGAAUCUGGACCAUCCCGCCAAGUUCGAGACGCUGGCGAUGGAUUUGGAGAUGAAGGAGAUGAUAAUAAAGGAUUUGGAUACGUUUCUUGAGAGGAAGUUUUUGUAUAAGAAUGUUGGAAAGGCUUGGAAGAGAGGAUACUUGCUAUCUGGUCCUCCAGGCACUGGGAAAUCGAGCUUGAUCGCUGCCAUGGCCAAUUAUCUGAAUUUUGAUGUCUAUGACUUGGAACUUACUGAUGUUAGGAGAAACACUGACCUCAGGAAGCUGUUGAUUGGCACCGGGAAUCGCUCUAUUCUUGUUGUUGAGGAUAUUGAUUGUUCCCUUACAUUGCAGGAUAGGCUUGCGAAACCCAAAUCAUCGCAACCAGUUGCUAUCACACCAUGGCCUUUCCACCCACAUGACAAUCCAAAACCCCAGGUGACGUUAUCGGGGUUCCUGAAUUUCAUAGAUGGGUUGUGGUCUAGUUGUGGGGAUGAGAGGAUCAUAGUGUUCACGACCAAUCACAAGAACAAAUUGGACCCUGCUCUGUUGCGCCCUGGCCGUAUGGAUGUGCAUAUCGACAUGACUUACUGCACCCCAUGUGGGUUCAAAAUGCUGGCUUUUAAUUACCUUGGGAUCACAGAGCACCCACUUUUUGUUGAAGUUGAGACAUUGCUGAAGACGACCAAUGUGACUCCUGCGGAGGUGGGGGAGCAGUUUUUGAAGAAUGAAGACCCGGAAAUUGCAUUAGAAAGCUUGAUGGAGCUCCUUAUAGAGAAGGGACGAAACCAUGAAAAGAACAAAGCAGCUCUCACCAUUGAAUGCUUUGAGUCCGCAGAGAGUUUUGAAAAUGAAGGAUGAUUACGAAACCCAAAACUUGUAUAAAAAAACAGAAUGAAAAAGGAUUAAAAGCAAUAACUAUAUGAGUGUGACCAUGAACACAGUAUUCUAAGGAUUGAAUCUUCUGUCUGAUCUCUCUCUGUGUGCGCCUAUCCCUAAUUUUCAACCAUAUGAAUCAAAACAUAUUUUUCCAGCACGGAGA